CCAUGGUAACGAGGGCUGUGUAUGGAGGACAGCAGCCAGUCGCAGGCAGCCACAGAAAGAUCUAUCUUUUUUUUUCUCAUUCCACUUCCACUUUUCCAAUAUAGAAAACGAUCUCCAGACCAGGCGUUUGAUCGCGCUUCUGUUCCUCCUGCCUGACGCUUCAAACGCUUCACCUCACAACACUCUCAUCAGACGCAGGAAACACACGCACUUCCAGGAUGGCAACCAUCACCUGCACACGCUUUACAGAGGAAUACCAGCUGUUUGAGGAACUGGGAAAGGGAGCCUUUUCUGUGGUGCGAAGAUGUGUGAAAGUUCUCUCAGGGCAAGAGUACGCUGCUAAGAUCAUCAACACAAAGAAGCUGUCUACUCGGGAUCACCAGAAGCUGGACAGGGAGGCUAGGAUCUGCAGACUGCUGAAGCACUCCAAUAUUGUGCGACUCCAUGACAGCAUCUCAGAGGAAGGCCACCAUUACCUCAUCUUUGACUUAGUAACGGGUGGUGAGCUGUUUGAAGACAUUGUUGCCAGGGAAUAUUACAGCGAAGCAGAUGCCAGCCACUGCAUACAGCAGAUUUUGGAGGCAGUACUUCAUUGCCAUCAGAUGGGUGUCGUGCACAGAGACUUAAAGCCAGAGAACCUGCUUCUGGCUUCCAAAUCGAAAGGGGCAGCUGUGAAGUUGGCAGAUUUUGGCCUUGCCAUUGAGGUUGAAGGGGACCAACAGGCCUGGUUUGGGUUUGCUGGCACUCCUGGUUACCUGUCCCCUGAAGUCUUACGGAAGGACCCUUAUGGAAAAGCUGUAGACCUGUGGGCAUGUGGUGUGAUUCUCUACAUCCUGCUUGUUGGAUACCCCCCCUUUUGGGAUGAAGACCAACAUAGACUCUAUCAGCAAAUUAAAGCUGGCGCCUAUGAUUUUCCUUCACCUGAGUGGGACACAGUCACUCCUGAGGCUAAAGAUCUCAUUAAUAAGAUGCUGACCAUCAACCCAGCCAAACGCAUCACUGCUGCGGAGGCGCUCAAGCACCCAUGGAUCUCACAUCGCUCCACUGUUGCAUCUUGCAUGCAUAGACAGGAGACUGUUGAAUGUUUGAAGAAGUUCAAUGCCAGAAGGAAGCUUAAGGGUGCUAUUCUCACUACUAUGCUGGCCACCAGAAACUUCUCAGGUGGAAAGAGUGGCGUCAGCAAGAAGACAGAUGGUGUGAAGAAAAGGAAGUCCAGUUCCAGCACCCAGCUGAUGGAAUCAUCGGAGAGUACCAACACCACAAUUGAGGAUGAGGAUACUAGAGUGAGGAAGCAAGAAAUCAUCAAAGUAACUGAGCAACUCAUUGAAGCCAUCAGCAAUGGAGACUUUGAGAAUUACACGAAGAUGUGUGAUCCCAGUGUUACAGCGUUUGAGCCUGAGGCCCUGGGCAAUCUGGUGGAGGGACUGGAUUUCCAUCGCUUCUACUUUGAAAACUUGUGGUCAAAGAACAGCAAGCCAGUUCACACUACCAUCCUGAACCCUCAUAUCCAUCUGAUCGGAGAGGAGGCCGCCUGUAUCGCCUACAUUCGUAUCACGCAGUACCUGGACACGAACGGAAUGCCAUGCACUGCCCAGUCAGAGGAGACACGAAUCUGGCAUCGUAAAGAUGGCAAGUGGCAGAUAGUCCAUUUCCAUCGUUCAGGCUCUCCGUCUGCCAUCACUAAAUAAGAGAGUCAGUUGUCAACAUCAGAGUUGCAGGAUCACUCGCUUGAGGAUGUACAAGCUCCGAGCUUCUCAUCUUUUCCUUGAACUUCAUUGGCCCUCUGCUUUACAGUGUCAUCACAUUCACUUCAGCAUUUAUUCCUCAUUGCUCAGAACACUUCUUUUAUGGAUAAACUAUGAUGAAGCCACUUUGUGCUGUGUGGUAUUAAUUUUUUUUUUCAGUAUAUUUGGGUAUGUUUACAAAAUUAGCCACCAUGUUUCGACCAUAAGUGUGCAAAAACGUGCUAUUCGGGACAAGCAUGGAGCAAGUACUACAUUCCAACCAAAAGAGAUCCUGUUGCCUGUGUUUUAUAAAAACGACACGGGUGUUUCGAUAUAUUCUUUUUAAUUUUUACUUCAAUGCAGUAAACAUUUAGGCAUUAGUUUUUCAAUCUCUCUCUCCUAUGCCUGUAAUAAAACUCGAUUGUAACAAUCCUAUUGAAAAGGAGCUCUCUAUUUUUACUUUACAGUUAAACAAAAUCUUCAAUACACGUUUAGAUAUUUGAAAUAAAGUCAAUUCCACAUCUACAUUUAAUGUUUAACUGCUCGGUAAGAAUAUUGUAAUGACUUUUUCAUGUGAAUAGAUAUCAACCAAUUUUCAGAACUCUUUCUACUAUAGUUAAGCACAUUGAACAACAGCGAAUUUCAGUAUACGUUUAGCCCUUGAAAUCAAAGCUGCAUCGAUAGCACAAAAAAAUAAAAAUCUGCACUGCAAGAACAGAUGGAUCAAGGGGGCUGAGCAACCCACUCAACGAACUGUUGCUUAAAGUUAAAGAUGAUGCUGACGGUGGCAUUAUGCUUUGUGGGGCUACAGUAACUGCAUGUGAGACCUUUGCUCCAAGAUAUUUUGUUUUCCAGAGCCUGGGUCUGGUGUGGUGUGCUCAGAGCACUUUGAUAAAGUUCUUCCAGUAGAGCUGGUAUAUUUGUUCUUCCUUUUGUAUCUUAGGAUUCAGGGAUUUUUUCUUUUCACUACAAAAGGAAGUCUCUUGAAGUCACAGAAGCUCUACGUUUGAUGUCUAGGCUUAACGUCUAUUCAAAUUCAAUGGAAGCAUGUUGUUAGAGAGAGAGAGAGCUUUCAAUAAUGGGUGUUGUUACCAGUGAGGGAAGUGCUAAUCUACUGAUGUUGUUUUUAAAACGCUCUAUUUGCUUGACAACAGAAGGCACUCAUCGCUCACAAAUGUGCGUUCAUAUUUAUUAACGAGAACAAUGGAAUCACAGUUGUUAAAAUGAUUCAAGAAGGUGGACAUUGCUAAUUCUACAUAGUGAUGCUCAGCAUUUUAACUUGUUGAUAUUGUAUUCAGACUAUUGCAGUUUCUGGGCUAUUCAACUCAGUCUUUUUGUCUUAUCUAAAAAUUUGUAAGGUAUAUUAACACAUUUUGCAUCUUAUAUGCACAGAUUAAUGUAUGUUCAGAUUUAUUAAACCAUUUACAUUUUAUUAGUAAUACUGUAUGAGCUGAUUAGUCAGAUUUGUCAAAUAAUGCUUAGUAUUUAUUUUGAAAAACAAGAAUGUUGAUGUGAUGAAUGUAUGCACGAUUUUUUUUGUUAUUUGAUUCAUUUUAUCAAAACAAGGUGUGUGCAAAUGUUUGGCCAUGGCUGUACAAAACCGCUAUUCAUCAGGUUUGAUUGUGUGAUAUACUACCAUAAACAGAAAUCCACCUGCAAUCUUCACAAUUUUAUCCGACAAAGAUCCACUCAUAAUAUUUGAACGAGUUAAUUAUUAUUCAACUGUCAUUACAGAACUCAAGUUUUCAAUUAUUUUCCUCUUUAUGUAUCUUUUUAAGGCUCGUUCACACGAAGAACGAUAGCUAUAAAGAGAACUAUAUUUGCGUCCACACCAACGAACGAUAACGGUCUGGUUUUUUUUUUAAGCUCACGCGCUGCGGUUUCAACAAUUUCAAUUUUUUCCCCGUUUUUGUUGCAUUAACCAGCAGAUAUCCUCAGCAUGCUAUGUUUGGAGGGAAUAGCUAGUGUAAUCGAUCUAAUCUAAGAGUGAAUUUAGCUGACGAAGUCAAUAUAGCGGAAUAAAAACAACGCCUUAUCUUUUUCACUGCAACUUCAAAGGAAUCAAGACAGUGUUGUCGAAACUAGCGCUGGAUACCUGAGGUAAUUUUCAGCCUGGUCUCAUUGUUAAUACGUAGAUAUUAAUACGUUACUUUCAAAGACACAAAACGUACAUUUUUGUACGUUUAGAAAGGUGCUAAAACGUACAAUAUUGACGUAAUUAUGGCACUAAAACGUAAAAAUACUUACGUUUUUACAGCGAAAAAAACGUAAAAUAUUUACGAAUCUUUCAUGUCAUAAAGAUAUAUGUAUAAUUUCCCUUUUAUCGUUUUGUAGAUAAAUGUAAGAUCCCUAAACCCCAUCCCGAACCUAAACCUACCCAUUUUAUACAGAAUGUUAAAAGAAUAAAACAUAAAGAACAGAAAUGUGUAGAAAAAUGACAAUUUUAGUAGCCUAAAAAUAUAACAUUAAAACGAUAUUUUGAGCCACUAAUCCUACACCUACCCCUAAAUCUACCCAUAACCAUUUCUUUAAACUACCUACUGUUAUAAAUAAAAGAAUGACAGACAAACAAGCAUAAUCACAAUAAUUUAUUUUUUGCGAAAAUGUCAAAAGUGGUACCAAAAGUAGUUCAAAUGAUGAUGAGUUACAGUCCUCUCUGGCGGUAAUAGUUUUUUAUAGGGUACAGAGCAGGAUUUAAUUUAUUAAUCCAUGAAAUUAUGAUAAAUCCGGCUUCUCUCCGUGAAGGCGCGCACUCAUUUCAAAUGUCAAUCCACUGAAACACGGCAUGUCGCAAUCUGUGACGAAGAAGGUGAGAACCAAUGAGCGUUCGAUAUCAGUGCCGUAAACCAUGUCGUAACGCUUCUCGAGGGUGGCGCUACUUUCAAAUUUGAAUCAUAACGAGCGCGAGCUUUGACUGUGACGGUCCCUGUUGCUGAGAAUGAAGAUGAAGAUCGAUGGAUAAAGGGCUGAAUUUGGAUCUGUUCCUUACAAACAUAUGGAUUCUAAAGAUUUGGAGUACAGCGAACAAAUAAAAUGGAUGUUAUUUGUGAAUUUAUGUUGUGCUUUGGUGUAUCUUAUGGUUGUAUUGUCAGUCGCUGCAUAGGAGAAAACGCCUUCUGUGUCUCACAGCAAACAAACUAAAUAUUACAAAAUGGUUAAACAAUUACAGAAAAUGUAUUCAUUAAGGGUUCAAAUUGUAGUCUUGUUUAACAUUAUGUAAUCCUCCGAAACGAGCAGCACAAGUCACGAACAGAAAUGUUAUUUCAUAUUAAGUAGAUGAGUAAACUGCUUUCAAUAAAUUCGACUAAAAACAUCGUUAAAUCAUUAAAGCCACGAUUUUAAUAUUAAUACAUUACGUUGCAUGAUUUACGUUUUUUUUUUUUUUUUUUUGCUGUUAAUACGUAAGUAUUUUUACGUUUUAGUCCUAUAAAUACGUCAAUGUACGUUUUUGUGUGUAUGAAAACGUAAGUAAAUGUACGUGUGGAAGAACCGCAAUUUACGUAAAAAAUACACACGUUUUCUCGUGAGAUCACGUUGCAAUUUUAUUUUACACUGUUUGCUAGCAUGGCAUAUAUCGUUAAUUCUACUCACCAAUUAUUCCGAGGGUAUGACCGAUUGUUUUCCAUAUAUCCAUUUUCUUUAAAGUAUCCUUGAAAAGGGGUUUUGACUUGUCAAACAGUGGUGGCUUUUUCUCAGCGAUGAACUUCUCCGCACUGCCGUCCGCCAUUUUAAACGCGCGAGCCCUUAAAUUAGAAUGGCUUCUGAUUGGCUGUCAGUUUUAUCGUACAACAUCUGGGAAAAAAAUCGUACUGAAAAUGAUCCCAACGGUAUUGUUUCUCUAUAUCGUUAUAGCUGUGGUGUGGACAGUGCUAUUCUUUUAUAUUUAGAACGAUUUUUAGUUAUCGUUCUUAGUGUGAACGGGCCUUUAGAAAGACACAUUUAGAACUGAAAAAUAAAAUGCAUGGAAAACCUUUUCUAUGUCCUCUAGUAACAUGUUUCAUUGUAAACGGCUACUGAAAGACACUUGCUUUGUGGCCUCUUUGAUGUUUUUGUCUUCUCUAUUGUUUCAGUACAGUUUAUGAAAGGCAUAGCAGCAUUUUGAUAGUUUUUUGACGUAUAUACUGUGUUUUGUUGAGGCAUGCUGUUUUUAUUGUCAAAAAGUGGGUGGGUACGAUAUUGUUUUCGGAGUAAAAUGUACUUUUUGCAGUUUGGCUCUAAUGCAACCGGGCUUAUAAAUAAAAGUGCUUUACAAAGUGUU